GGACGGCGCGCGACGAUGACGCAAGUGGCGCGCGGCCGCGGAAGAAGGGGGAGAGGAGGCGGAGGAGAGGGAGGUGAAGUGCGCAUGCGCAUGCGCGCGCGGAGGCCGGGCCGAGGUUCCGCCGGUGUCCGGCCGCCCGUCGGGCCGCGGCGCGGCCAUGAACUGGCUGUUUCCCCUCGGCAAGGGCGGCGGCGCCUCCUCGUCCGCCGCGCCGCUGCCCCCCCUCACCAGUCUCCAGCAGCAGAAGCAGCGGCAGAUCGAGUCCCUGCGCGCAUUGCAGAAAUUCAGAAAGAUGUGGAGUAUCGACUGCCGUUCACUGUAAACAACUUGACAAUUAAUAUUAACAUCUUGCUUCCACCUCAGUUUCCUCAGGAAAAGCCAGUCAUCAGUGUUUUCCCACCUGUGAGACAUCAUCUAAUGGACAAGCAGGGAGUAUAUGUGACUGGUCCGUUAAUAAACAAUUUCACAAUGCACUCGGAUCUUGGAAAAAUUAUUCAAAGUUUACUGGAUGAGUUUUGGAAAAAUCCACCAGUCCUGGCUCCUAGCUCGACAUCAUUUCCAUACCUUUACAGCAAACCAGCUGGAAUGCCUCCAUAUGCUCCUCAGGGGUUUCCAUUUCUUCCUCCAUACCCACCUCAAGAAACAAAUAGAGCAAUGGCACCCGUGCCUGUUUCUGAAUCAGUUUCUUCAAGCUACACUACAGACAAGCCUGCUGCUCCCUCUUAUGGCUUGAUUGCUGAUCUGCCACUACCUGUUCCAACAGCAGAAAUAGUGCUUCAGGUUGGCCAGAAUGGAUUUACUUACAAGAUGCCUGAUGUUCCUGAUACCUUUCCAGAACUUCUGGAACUGAGUAUAUCAGAGCUGACCAAUAUGAAUGAGAAAGAGGAGGUGUUACUGGAACAGUUUGUGAAUCUACCACAACUGAAGCAAGUCAUUACUGAUAGAGAUGAGUUAGUGAAAAGCAUUGAAGAGCUGGCAAAAAAAAAUUUGUUGCUGGAGCCUAGUCUAGAGGCAAAAAGACAGACAGUGUUGGAUAAAUAUGAGCAGCUCACACAGAUGAAAGCAGCCUUUGAAAAAAAGAUGCAAAGACAGCAUGAACUUAGUGAGAGCUGCAGUCCAAGUGCUCUGCAAGCCAGACUUAAAGUAGCUGCUCAUGAAGCUGAAGAGGAAUCUGACAUUAUUGCAGAAGACUUCUUGGAAGGCAAAACAGAAAUAGAUGACUUUCUUAGUAGUUUCAUGGAAAAGAGAACGCUCUGCCACUGUAGACGAGCCAAAGAAGAAAAACUUCAACAGGCAAUAGCAAUGCACAGCCAAUUUCAUGCUCCGCUAUAGGUUUCCUGCAAACAACACCUGCCAACAGAAGAGUGAACAACCCAGUAAAGCACACUUUUUAAUAACUAUUAUUUGCAAAUAAGCAUUUCAUCUUAUGUGGUUGUAUUUAUAGAAGAGAUUGUAUACAGAGCUGGGACUGUUUUUGUACAAAUUAGAAUGUCUCUUUAUAUUCUCAUUGUACUCAAGAAUCCUCCUAUUGCAAACUUUGCACUAAUUUCUUGUAUUUAUUGUUGAUAGUUCUUAUUAUAUUUAAGUUCCUGCUGCUAUAUCCCAUUCUUCAAAGAUUAAAUAUCUAAAUAUGUAAUUUUGACUAGCUUUUUACAUUUUUAUAAAAGCAUAAUUCAUAUCUUUUGUAUUUUGAAAUUUAAACGAAUUUGGCUUGAUCUGUGGAAGAGUUUGAGAUACAUGGUGAUAGAGCUUUGGAAACUGAAGAUGUUCAUAAUUGGAGACUGUCGGUAAAUUCACAAGCUGUCUUUUUUUGAAGCCAAAAUAUUUAAGAACAAUUUUUGUUACUUUUAAGUGAUAACACGAAACUAAUUGUAGCCUGUACUGUGUUUUGGAUAAGCAGAUCUGGAUUAAGCAAAGGCUGUGUUGGAACAAACUAUAUUGGAAACAAAAUGGAAUGAAUGAUCUCCAUGUAGAUUUGGUAUGUUGUUCAGUAGCACCAAUGCACUUGAUUUCAGGUGUGGCCUGGUACCUAGCACUGUAAUUAAACACAAUUUCAUCUAACAAUUUCAUUUUCAUGUUUGUUUUUACUUACUGAGAAACAAGACGGAUUAAGUUCUAGUUUGUGUUUUAUGCAACGUGACCAUAUGUGAGGAACUUACAGACACUACAAAAUCUAAUUCUGCAGUUCUUUGUGAAAUAGCAGUUACCCUCUCCUAUUUUUAAGGAACAAAGGAACUGAUUUGGCUACAGUUAGUUUGUGUGUUGUGUUAAGGACAAUGAUAAAAUUUUGGAAGUGAGCCUUAAGUCUGCCCUUUAAUCACUGAAUCUUGUCUCAGGUUAGACAAAUUUUUUUUUAUUUUUUUUUUUAGUGUGAGCAUGUAUUAGAUGAGAAUGGCUAGGAUCAAGUGCAGUAUUCUGUAGGAGAAAAAUACAACCCCUAACAACAUGCAUGUAAAUUCUCUCUUGCUCCUGCAAAAAGGCGAAUUCUUGAUCUUGUCAGUGAAUUAGAUUUUCAUGGAGGUAGAGAAGUUGCAGAAGAACAGAAGUACUAUUCUUGAAGAGAAAUAUGGUAAAGAACUGAAUAAGUAAUCUGUCAGGGAGCCUGCUUCUUCCUUACCAGGCAACGGUUUGGAGAUAACCCUCUUAACCAAGACAUUGUUCUGUGUUACCUAGGCAGGGCCACAAAGCAUCACAGAUUCAAGUCUCAGUCUAAAGCAGGUCAUAGAAUCAUUAAGGUUGAAAGGUCAGUUCAGGAGAGUACUUUUCUAUAUCACUAAUCCUCAAUCAGUCCAGAACUCAAUACUGGCAAAAUGGGAUAGGGUAUUUCUUUAGAACUGGAGAAAAGUGAGAUUUGAAGUUAAGAAAAAAAAAAACAACAAACUUAAUUGCAAAAAGUCAGUAUCACAGGCUAGUGACUCUUCAAAUAGGGCAUUAGUAUCAGUCCUGUGGUACUUUACAGUAUUGUGGUUGUCUGUCUUAAGCUAGUACUUUUCAUGGCCAAUGUAUUACUGGUGUUUGAUGAGGUUUGGUUUUUUUUGGUUUUUUUUUUGUUUUUUUUGUAAAGCUGGCCCAAAUUCUGAGAUUGGAUAUCCCAAGAAAAUACAACUGUGGUCCAAAUCAAAAAAGAUACAUAGGUGCCUGAAGAAAAAAUUAAUUGUAAGUGCCACUGAUUAAGCAAUAAUGUACAGAAUAUCUUAAAAAAUAAAUUCCACUGACUGUGCAUAGUAGUGCUUUUAUAUUGAUAUAGUUCUUCUGCUAAUUUCAUAACUAAAGCCCUAAUUCAACACAAGCUUUCAUGAAAGGUUUUCAGGAGGCUCUGGACACAGAUCUCCCAGUAAUGUGAUUUCUGCAGUUCUUCCUCAGUUGGACAACUAUUUUCCUUAUACAUUUUAUAAUUUAUAAUUAUGGAAUUGCAGGCUUCUGUCCUCAUUUGCCGCCUUUCGUUGAAUGUUAUGUAUUAUGGUGCUCUUCUGUUGUGACUGAACUCUCCAGCCAGGUCGCUGCCAGAGAAUUUGCUUCUCAAACAAGUAAGAGUUUUCAACAUUUGAGCCUUUUCUCUUAGGUUAGUUCUGUUUUCCAAGAGAUCACAUUUACAAAUGUUGGGUUUCUCCAUAAAGUCCUUCUGAUUGUAGUGAAGGAGAGUCUAAAAUGUCAGUGUUCCAUGCAAGUUCUUCAUACAGUGUUUCUUUUACAGGGAUGUGGAAAUUUGAAGUCCUUUCUUUUCUCCCUUUUUAUUGUCUCUCUCAUAUUGUUGUUUGUAUUUCUAGGAUUUUUUUUUUUAAGCAGUCAAAAACCCACCCUUUAGAAAAGAAGUGUGGAACACGCUGAAUCUAUCAACUUGGUUAACUACAGCUAUCCUAUAAAAUUAAUAGGAAUGGCCAUCUUGCUUCUGGCUCUUACAGGAUAUGCCAGUCUGCUGCUGUCUUUCUAGGUGUUGUUGCUUUUUAUUUUCUUUUGUUUUUCUUUUAGUACAAUGCUAGUUGUGCCAAUGCAAACACUUUUCCUUAAAGUUAGCCUUCAUAUUGUCACCAGAAGACAUAAUAAAGCAUUGAUAAUUACUCUGUCAGAGGUUAACUGGCCUCUAGCAUGCUGGUAUUUCAUGGUGAAGCACAUUCCUUACCUUAUUUUGCAGAAAUGUGAGGUGUAUUUGUAAAUUGAGCUUUAAGCAAUUCCCUAUGAAGUGUAAGAGUAUUGAAGCUGCUGUUAGGUACAUAUCCUUCAAUCUUUUGAAAUGUGUUAAGCAGUCUGGAGUUGUAGACUGCAUACAGGGACUGGUUUCUGAAGACCUUCCCGUGUCACAUCCAUAGUGAGGUAUUGUUCCAAAUAGAAAAGUGAAAUAAAUGAGUAAGAAAUAUAAAAGUAAGGAGAUAACUUGUCUUUGGUGCUGCCAUAGUUUGGGGUGGUAGUGAGGGCCCAUUCUGUAUUGUUACUGCUAAUUGAGUCUGGUUUUGCCUGUUAUAAUACCUGAUCUCAUUGCAAAAUGUCUUCCUGUGUUUUUUUAUUUUUCUGUAGCUGAUUUUAGUCCUCUUGGCCAGAAACUACUUAAAUCCGGAACUGAUUUCUCCGUAUAGCAAUUGUAACUUGAUGGUAUUGCAGACCAGAGAAAUUUUAAAAUAUGUCUGAAUUCAGUUAGGUUUCAUUUUAGGGUGAUAUUCCAUACAACUGCUGUUAAUGGUACAUUCUGUUGGGGAUUGUAGAAGAAAGCUUUCCUAGAUUUCACAGCUUAUUUGACAUGCUAAACCUUUCUAAAAGACAGGGACUGUCAGAUAUGUACAGAUAUGCUAACUAACACUACGAGCAAAAGACUAUAUAGAUUAGUUCUAAGUAAUAUCUGAUCUAUAAUUGUCUUGUUUGCUUGGUACAUACUCAUGCAGCUUUGCCGCUUUGGACCUUGACCAAAUGCAGAAGUUAGAAAUCUUUCAGACUUGAUUCUGUCUAAGUUCUUACUACUUCGUCUGAAGACUAGGAAUGGUCUCAUAAGAGAGAUAAAGCUGAAAUAAAACACUGGUGACAUAGUUAAAGUCAGAUAUUACAGCCUUAUUGUGUACAUUACUCUGAAUAAUAACUACUGUACUGUGUUAAGCUUACAAAUAAAGGCUUUGGGAUUUUUAACAAA